AUGGUUAGAAUUAGAGGUCUCGGUUGUGAUUUAGGCCGAGCAAUAGGAAAAGUCCAUGGAGGAGACGAUGAUGAUAAUGAUGUCCCUAGCGGCGAAGGCCUACCGCAUCUGCCCACAGGCAGCGACUCCUCAGCUGCAAAAAUUUACAAUAAUUUGGCUUUGGCUGUUUGCAUGCUGGGAAUAUCAGAAGCUCUUGCUCUAGGCCAAUCUCUAGGUGUUUCUGCCAGCACCUUGACAAAUUUAUUUAACUGCUCCAGUGCUAACUGUUGGAGUAGAUAUACUAAGCUCUGCAGCGUUGGCCAUGAAGCCAAAGACUUUUCAUGUGCUUUCCGUCAUUAUUACUCUGGAAUGGACGAACCUCAUGAUAAGUAA